CUUCAGUCAGCAACUUUUAUUUAUAUCUUUCAUUGUAAGUGAUCCUGUUAUGAUGUAGUCAUGGCAGAGAAGAAGAUCAGAAAGAGAGAUUGCGUCAAGCUCUCCAAUAAGAUCAUCGAACGCUGCGAGUUGCCGAUCCCCCGCGUCACUAGCAUCGAUGGCAUCCGCUCCAACUUGUUCACCAGCCUGCUGCAGGUGCUCUACCAUCGGGUACCCGAAGGCAUCAUCGAGACGCCGACCAACACCGAGGAGGAGGUGGCCAACGUGCAGGCGAUCAUCAACCACCUGGCGCUCGACCUGAUCCACAUCGAUCUCUCGCACAUCUCGGGCGCCGACGUCAUCGCCGGCGAUCCGCGCGCCAUCUAUAACCUGCUGGAGAUCUUCUGCGGCUUGCACAAGUACCUCAGCUCCACGUCCAUCGGACAAUGGAACCUGGAGGAGACGCUGACGGAGACGGACAACGAGCUGAGCAGUGCGCCCUCCUCCGACGAGGUGACUACCGACGCCGGCCAGGAGGAGCUCUCAGAGCUGGAGGAGCCAUCAGAGCAGGAGAGUGAGGACCAGCCGCCUCCCUCUGAGGACGGUCUGCCUCCCUCUGAGGACGAUCCUCCUCCCUCUGAGGACGCUCCUCCUGCUGGGGAGGACGCCGCGGAUCUGGCCGGACUUGAUGAAGAGGAGGAGGGCGAGGAGCCAGUCGUGUCACUAUCCCGUCAGCUGUCAGCGGCGGCCCGUGACGGCGGCGAGGGCGAGGACGAGUACGAGUAUGAGGACGAGUACGAGGACGAGGGUGAACUGGAGGACGACGACGAGGGCACGGAGGUGACGGACGAGCCGCCCGCCGCCGGCGGACGCUACUACGGGGACGAGCACGAGGACGAGCAGGAUGAGCAGGAGACGAGCGAGCAGACGACACAGGAGGAGACGAUGCAGAGCCUGACGGCCGAGGAGGACGCGGCCACCGGCAGCCUGGCUGACACCGAACACGAGGACGAGGACACCGGCCAGGAGGACCUGAGUCGGGAGGACUACCGGGGCGACGAGGACAGCCAGGAGUGCGAGUCGGACGAGGAGGAGGAGGAGGAUGAGGACGACGAGGAGGAGGAGGACGCCGGGGUGGACAUCAGCCGUCAGCUGAGUGAAGAGCUGCAGCAAGCGCGCGAGUCGGCUGGCGUUCUUUCGCCGGUGGCUAGCGGCGCCAAGCUUUGCUCCUCCCCCUCGCGCCUCUAA